UUUUUUGUUCUUUUCUUGUUUAACUGGUUUUUUUUUUCUUUGUGAUAAUCUAUGGAAGGUGGUCGGCGGAGGAUUACGCUUUACGAUCAGAUGUUAGCGGUCGGCGAUGGCAGAGAGUUCGCCCGUGGUUUGACACUCAACGACGUUUUGACCAUUCAUAACAGAGCUUCGCCGAGCCCUUCGCCGGCUGUGAGACUAAGCGGCCGGACUUUGCUCGAUAUUAUAAGAGACGACGUUGGGAUAUCUCCUGUUGAUAACCGAGAGAGGAAAUCUUGGAAGUUUUUGAGAGAUCGCCUUCGUUUGAAUCUCAGAUCUCAAAUUCUGCCGCCGAAUUCGCUUCGUAUACCUAGUUUUUCGUCGGCGGAAAUGAUGCCAAACGAAGAAGAAUCGUCGGAAUCCACCACCACCACUGCUGCCGCCCCGUCUCUCCGGCAGAUUUCACGGCGGAGCUCGUCGCGGUUAAGCCUGAACGCGAGGCCAAAGUCCGAGGCUGCAAAUUCCGGCGAUACUCCAGAAAACAACAAUUCCUCCACCGCUUCCGGCUCCGGCAGUAGGCGGAGCCUCCAAAAGCCACAAAUGUCGCGGCACAACUCGACGAGAUUCAACCUAGAACGGAGCGAGAGUUUCACGGACUUGUCUGAUCCAGCGCGUGACGGCCCGCGCCGUCUCUCGGCUGCGCUUGCAAUGGAGAGAUCGAUGUCAGCUAGAGAAACAGUGGUGGCUCAAGAAGCCGCCGACGCAGAAAGCACCGCCCACGAAGAAGAACAAGAAGAAGAACAAGAAGAAGAACAGGAACAACUAGAACAACAAGAAUCCAGCGCGGCGGCGCCGGUGAGAAUGUCACUUAUGGAUCUGUUAGAUGAAACGGACAGGAAAAUGGGGUUGGAAGNUUUUUGUUCUUUUCUUGUUUAA